UGAAGACUGAAGUAGGGGUUGCUUCAGGUUUGCCUCGCCAGUGAUAUAAUAAAGUUCCGCGGCGAACGAACGGAUCGGCUGAAGGUUAGAUUUUUUGUAAUAACAGAAUUAAGUGCUCAAACGGAUCGAUAGUGAAUUUUACAUUCAAUUUCAGUUUAGUGUUUUGUUUUUGUACUUUAUUUGGGUGAAGAACCUCGGUAAAGGCGAGAAACGGAACACUCUGGAACACACACACUUUCACCUUUCGGCCGCUUUUAAAUUCGUCAGAGAGUUUAAGUAGCGGCCCAAGGUUUGUACCGACCAGACGGUUUCUACACCGCUCUGCUACACCCCAUCGAAAAAAGGAGAAAAAGAGAAAGACCCGAGCCGAGAUGGAACGAGGAAUCGAUAACGCUGGCGCGGAUGUUGAGAUGGAAAGUGGCCUGGAUAAAAGAUCGAUCCGCAUUGAGGAUUUGUCAACCCUCGCCGUUAAGGACAUGGAUUUAGCCUCCUCUAAAAGUGAUUCGAAUUCAAAUGAAGGGCCCGGCAGCGACGAUGAUGACGACGAGCCGACCGACCAAUCCUGCGAAUUCAUCGGCAACGCCCUGGAAAAUUUUUGGAAAACCCUGGGCGAAUUUUUCUCGGAAAGAUCGGCGGCGGCCCGCAGUGUCAUCUACAUUCUCCUGGCCGUUCUGUACAAUGCCUACUUUAUCGCCAGCGUCUAUUAUUCGAUACACAAUGGAAUCGCGAUGGAUUGGUGCGACGGAGUGGGUUUCCUCAUUGUCCUGACGGGCCUCAUUUACUUGGGCCUGUUCUACUUCCAAAUUGUCAAAAAGUUCUGGGGCAAAGCUAUUAAUCGGGCAGUGCUCAAGCCGUUCGGAAAAGCUUUCGACAAAGUCUGGAAGUACAGUUGGUUCCGAUAUGGAUUUUACCUCGUCCUUAUUGCCGGUUUGCUCACAUUUCUGAUUAUCGAUACGGCCGACGAGCGAGUGAGAUUGCAAUCCUUCGGUGGCCUACUCGUCUUCCUGCUGCUCGGCUGGAUCUUUUCUAAAUAUCCGUCCAGGGUGAUAUGGAGACAUGUGAUGUGGGGCAUGACGCUGCAGUUGAUAUUCGGUCUAAUCGUCUUGCGAUGGGACUUUGGUCGAAGAGUUUUCGAAUGUCUGGGUCAGAAAGUCACAACUUUUCUCGAUUACACCAACGCAGGAUCAAGUUUCGUCUACGGUUACUUGGUGACCGAUCAAAACACGUCGGGCAUAGCCUUGGGAACCAUAUUUGCCUUCAAAAUUCUGUCGGUCAUCUUCUUUUUCAGUUUCUUCGUCAACAUUCUCUACUAUUACGGCGUGAUGCAAUGGGUCGUCCAGAAGCUCGGAUGGCUCCUGCAAGUCUCGGUCGGCACUACGGCGGCCGAAUCGAUGAACGCGGCCGCCAACAUCUUUUUAGGACAGACUGAAGCGCCGCUGCUUAUCAGGCCGUUCCUUCCUAAAAUGACGAAAUCGGAGAUUCACGCCGUCAUGGUUGGCGGAUUUGCCACCAUAGCAGGAUCCGUAUUGGCCGCUUACAUAAGCUUUGGAAUAAGCGCCUCCCAGUUACUCAGCGCAUCCGUGAUGGCCGCUCCCGCUGCUCUGGCCCUAGCCAAAUUGUUUUACCCAGAGACGGAGAAAUCUCAGACAAAGGCUGGAGAUAUUAAAGUUCCUAAAGGAACCGAAGCGAAUGCUUUGGAUGCUGCCGCCCAAGGAGCUGCGAAUGCCGUGUUUUUGGUGGCCAAUAUCAUCGCCAAUUUAAUCGCCUUUUUAGCAUUCAUCGCCUUCCUCAAUGGAGUCAUUUCCUGGUACGGCAAUCUCCUGGGAGCGCCCUACAUAACAUUCGAAUGGAUUAUGGGGAAAGUAUUCAUCCCAGUAGCUUUCCUGAUGGGAGUUCAGCCAUCUGAAUGUUACCUCGUUGCCAAUUUGGUGGCCCUGAAGACAAUAGUCAACGAGUUUGCCGCUUACAGCAAACUUUCGGAAUACAUUGCACAGGGCAUUAUUUCGAAACGAUCGGAAACGAUCGCUACCUUUGCGCUGUGCGGAUUCGCCAAUCCUGGGUCGAUUGGUACCCAAAUCGCCGCACUGGCCACCAUGGCCCCCGAUCGACAGAGCGAUCUGGCACAAGUUGCCUUCCGAGCUUUUAUUGCCGGCAGCACGGCAUCGUUCAUGAACGCUUGCGUUGCUGGUACCUUGAUUUCGACGGUCUCAAGUGUGCCCCUAUCGACGACCUACGCACCUUCAACGCUCAGUUUCACGCCAAACAUUACCGCCAUAAUGGGUUCCAAUUUUUAGUCAACUUUCAUGUGCAAUUAAAUUCGAACAAAAAAAAAGGAGAAAUAAACAGCUUGUUGUUGUAA